AUGAGACGGAAAGCGGGUACGGAGGGCCCUCGCCCAACAGAAUUUGUGGCCGAUUUUCUGCACAAUCUACUUCACCUCGAUGUCAAACCUAUUCUCGACCGGGCGCAUCGGACUCUGCGGCCCAGACCCGGAGACGGAGCCCCGCCGCGGCCCUUCGUGGUUCGUGUCAACCAGUUCCAGACAAGGAAUGAAAUUCUCCGCAAAGCCCACAGAGGAUGUCAACAAGAUAACAGCUGGAGCAUCUUCAUCUCCUGGGACAUCCUCCUCAUCACCUCCAGCUAA